AUGGAAGAUGUUGAUGUCUUUCUUAAAUCUCUAGGUCUCGACAAUAAGUUAGUCGAUGAUUAACCAAAUGCGAGAGAUGAAUUAAAGGAGUUUAUACUUUUUAAGAUGAAAUGGAGGAAUUUAAAAACCAGAAUAAGAUUUUAACAUUUUGUAUUAAAUUUAUUAAUUUGGAAAAAAAUGUUUAUUGCUAAAGGAUAAGCAUUUGCAUUAUUCCCUAAUGCGCUAAUUAAAUUAGAUUUUAAUUUUGAUGGGUUGGCAGAGGCUAUGGAAUGUUUAUGUAGAGAAGCUGAGAAACUUAAAAAAUAAACAGAUAUGAUUUGA